AGUUUUAGGCGCAUACAGACGCAGGUGUUGCUGAAGUCACAGUACGUGUUUGCGAACAGCGAUUUCGCCAGCAGCUGCAGCUAUCCGUUUGUUAUCUAUUGUUGUGACAUGUUACGUAAACGAAGGCGCGCAGGACACUGAAACCGCAGGCCUGCGUAAGAAGCGAGAGCAGGAGUCAAGGCGGCCUCGUUAUUCACAGCGCAGACGGGCUACCUGCCGAGAAGGGCGCUGUUAACGCAGUGCAAGAUGAAGGCUUCACUCCUAUGCUUGCUGGUUCUAUUCCUGGUCUUUGCGAGUGCACAAUAUCAUCCGUUCAUUCGCCGGCAUCGUCCAAAAAGACCUUCCCUCUGCGUCUGGCCAGAGGACUACCGGGUCUGGACACUCAACUGCAUGUACGGCCGCGUUGAACGCGAAGUGAAGAAACUAAUGGACUUGAUUCUCAAGCAACGAGCGUGGAACGUUCAACAGUUCUCUCGGGCAUUGUGCAAUCCGUACGAAGUGUUCCAGCUCAGGUCAUACUUCGGGACAAAGGUGCAUAAGAAACUUCUGAGAGAAGCCACUGCUGAAGCGGACAAGUGCCUUCGCUACCUUCUCAAGAAUACGCAUAACGCUUGAGGGUUAUAAGAAUAAGAAAUCAUUAAGCACAAUA